AUGCAAACCGAUCCAUACACUGGAGCAGUCCCCGACACGGGGCUCGCCGUGGAGGCGGCAACCGAGCGUUCCGCCUGGCGUAGCCACCGUACGCGUCUCCUGAUCCUUGCGGGUGUGAUUGGCCUCGCGGUGGCCUACAUGGUUUACGCCGCCUUCCCCGGGAACACCCUGUAUUUCGUCACCGUCACCGAAUUCAUGGACGACCGCUCGCUCCAUGACGGCCAGACUCUUCGAGUUGCUGGUGGCUUGGCCCCGGAUACUUUCCGAAGGGAGGACGGGUCCACACUUUCGCAUUUCAGAUUGGGCGACAAGCAGGCAGACGUUCCGGGGAUCGCUCCCGGCAGUCCCCAGGUGGAGGCCAGCUACGUCGGUGUCCUGCCCGACCUCUUCUUCAACCCUCACUCGGAGAUCAUCCUGGAAGGCCAUUACGAUGGCCACGAACAGGUUUUUGCCACCGACAACAUCCUGGUCAAGUGCCCCUCCAAAUACCAGUCCAUGCAGUCUGAAAACCCCGACCUCAUGCCGGGGGCAGCGGCGCCGGCGCCAUCCUAUUGA